CUCAGUGUAGCGCGGUAUUCCCUCCCGCCCUGCAGGGGCGCUGCAGUUGGAGGCCUACCUCUGCCCCUUGGGGCCUCGGUGUUGUGGGGGGCGGAGUCAGGCUGACUCUGGCUCCUGCAGACGUGGUGCUGGCCCUGAGCAGUCUUCAGCUGCUGCCGCCUGCACAGCCUUGGAGGCUGCUUCUGUCGCCGCUGCCAUGGGUCUGCGCAAGAAAAGCAAGAACCCGCCGGUGUUCAGUCAUGAGUUCAUCGUGCAGAACCACGCCGACAUCGUGUCGUGUGUCGCCAUGGUCUUCCUACUCGGACUCAUGUUCGAGAUGACAGCUAAGAUAGCUGUUUCUUUUGUCACUCUUCAAUAUAAUGUCACAAUUGCUGCAACAGAUGAAAACGAUGAAUCAUUCAUUCUUUAUCAUUAUGGCUUUAAAGACUUCGCUACAAUUUUCUUUUACACGUUGGUUGCUAUUAUUCUCCACGCCAUAGUGCAAGAAUACGUGCUUGAUAAAAUCAACAGACGGAUGCACUUUUCAAAAACAAAGCACAGCAAAUUCAAUGAAUCUGGACAACUUGGUGCCUUUUACUUGGUUUCUUUUGUCUGGGGAACAUGCAUUCUAGCCUCUGAAAAUUAUGCAUCAAAUCCUAGGAAUUUAUGGGAAAACUACCCCCACACCUUGAUGCCGUUUCAGGUGAAGUUUUUCUAUAUUGCGCAGUUGGCUUAUUGGUUUCAUGCCUUACCGGAGCUUUAUUUUCAGAAAACUCGAAAGGAAGAUAUUCCUCGGCAGCUUGUGUAUACAAGUUUGUAUAUUUUCCACAUCGCUGGAGCUUAUCUGUUAAACUUGAACCGUUUUGGCCUGAUACUUCUGGUGCUGCAUUAUUUUGUGGAACUUCUGUUUCAUAUCUCUCGACUGUUUUACUUCAGUGAUGAAAGGAACGAGAGGGGCUUUACACUUUGGGCCUCGUUGUUCGUAGUGGCACGACUGCUUACUCUCUCCCUGUCUGUACUCACAAUUGGAUUUGGCCUUUCUGGAUCUCAAAAUCAAAAUCUUGACUUAGCCUUUGGAAACUUUAACAUAUUGGCUGUAAGAAUAAGUGCCCUGUCUGCCAUUUGCCUGACACAAGCGUAUAUGAUGUGGAAGUUCAUUAAUUUCCAGCUUAAAAGGUGGAAAGAACAUGCACAAAUACAGGCUCUAAAAAAGAAAGCCGCUAACACAAGGAACAAACCAACCAAAAAAGGAGAAAAUAAAGCUAAUGGAGUAAAUGGUACCGUCACUUCCGAAGAUAAAGACUCUCCACGUUUAAGAAAAGCUAAAUCAUCUUGAAAGAUAGACACAUCUAUAUACAAUUUGCCAAUUGCUUUAUUCAUUUUUCCAUUGACAAUUUUCUCUCAAACAUUUAAUUUGCUGUAGCAGUUAGUCUUGUUUUCAAGGUACUUGUUCAACAGGAAAUAAUAAAAGUAAGGGAAAAGAGAAGCUGGGGGGUGGUGGUGGUGGGGGGGGGGGGGUUUACACUUAAAUGUCCCCAUUUUACAGAGAAAAUGGAGCAGAUGGUUUUGUUUUGAAUGUGUCUGUAAAAUUCUGCUCUACCAGAGCAACUCAACAGGAAAUAGAGAACAGGGCGACCACAAAUUAAUCCACAAGUGCAAGCCUUGAGAAGUCGCACUGUAGCUAGGGCUAAUUUUUCCUAACCUCCAGGAUUUCUGCAGUAAGAAAAUUGUUACUUGUGCAGAAAAAUCUGCUCGGCCUUGCCAAAGUAGACUUGACUUGAAGAUUUGGUGAUCUGCUUCUCCCAGUGGGGAGUAGCUUAUGUUGGGACACCUGGGAAAUUGCUGGUGUGCCACCCCUCUCCACCCUUGGGAAUGCAGCAUCACACAAUCAUCCUCCUUUCCCCAUUAGUAGGCGACAGGUGGCAUUUGCCACUAAAAUGAUAAUUUUGCAAAUUGGCAUAAAAUUACCAACUGCUGCAGCAAUGCAAUUGAGGCAGUGAUGCUGUUUGGAAAAAAUUAGACAUUUUGUUUUCACCUGUGUUGUGUAGUUAUGAAGUUUGCAUAUGUCGGUUUUAUUUUUGGAGUUCAUUACAACCUGAAGUAAAUGUCAUCUUUUCUCUUACAGGCUGGAUUAUUUUAUAAAGUUAUUUGAUCAGUUAGCUAAGCAAUUUGUCACCAAAGCAGUUUUAAAACAUGUAAAUUGAGAUUCUGUAAAGUCUCUUCAUAUUCACAGCAAAAUGAUACUUAUUGUUUUUUAUGCUAGAAGAUUAAUGUAAAUGCAAGUUCAUGUAAAUGAUUGGUUCCUAAUCUCUCAUUUAUUUUCUACACCUUAAUUCCAAUGAAAUUGCAAUUCUCUCCACUCAUCUGGUCAUCUACUUGGUCAGCUUUAUAGCCAAAUUCUCAGGUUAAUUUGAACAGGGGCAGAAUUUGACGAGAUUUCUGCAAUAAACAUUUUUUUUAAAGAAAGCAUGGGGGGGGGGAGGGGAAAUUGCAGUAGAACAUCAAAGAAGUAUACUUAUUUUUUUCUAAGAACAAUAAAGGCUACCCAAUUUUAAUAGUAGUUUUAUAAAAAUUGUGCAAGGCCUUUAUUUAUUGCUGCAGAUGUAAUGAUCGAUAUCAGGUAACUAUUAUAAAGAUGACAACUGUACAACAUUCUGUAAAUAGGGAAUUGCUAAUUUCAAAGGAACUUUAAUUUUGUAAAAAUUGGAUAGAAAUGAGAAUUUCAUAUUAAGAUUUUUGUUACCAUUAAGGUUAAAAACAUUUCUAGACUGCUAACUAUAGAUGGAGCCUUUAAUUUUGUAAAUUAAGGAAUGCUCCUGGACAAAGCACUUCAAUUACUACUUUCUUGAAAUCCUGUCCAUGUUUCUUGUUUGGAAUAAAACCAGUGUGUAGGUGAGGGAUUAGAAGUUAAUCUGCAAACAACCCCUUUCCUACAAUGCAUUUUUGAUCACAAGGAAGGUGAUCAUACUUGUAUGCAGAAGUUACUAGGACUGAAUGACCUGUUUCAAGUUUGUCAUCUUGGUUCUAAAUUAAGUUUGGAUUAAUGAGGUAAGUGUUUUUCUGGUUGUGGGUUCCACUAUGAUGAGGGUGAAGUAUAUAUCGUUUAAUGACGGAGCACAAAACUACUACAACUUGGCAUUGACAGUCAGUGCAUGAUCACAGGAUUGUUGGGACUGAAGAAUGUUAUUUUGAUGUGAGAUCUUCUAAAAGUAGCAAAAGAGUAGAGGCAGCUUAAUAUUGUGCCUUACCGUGCCUAAACCUCACCUGGCAUUGUUAGAUGCUGGAUGCUCAAACUAUUUUUAAGUACUACCUUCACAUCAAGGACAAGUCUAUUGCCAAAAUAUGUGCAAACAGUAAGAGGAAGGAAGGCUGUAUUUUUGAAUUAAAUAUUCAUGGAUAAUUUCUUUAACUCUGCUUUAUAUUAUUAUAGUUUCAAAGUUAAUGGACAAAAGUGACCUUUUUCAUGACUAGCAACUGAGUAUUAAGAUGCAAUGUGUCUUACAAGAAGUAAGAUGAUCAUGUCUCCAAUAAUCAGGAACUUGGUUUUAUUUUGAAUGUGUUGUCUGAAUUGUAUUUUCAAUUAUAAGAACAGUCUGAAUUAUUGUAACUGCAGUUAUUGCGGAAUAAAUGUGAAGUAAAUUGUC